UAUGUCUAGACUGAGGUUCUCUGUGCUUGGUGUGUCGUUUUGCAAUUAAUUGUUUAAAAGGUUUCACGCGUAAAAAGUGUGGUCAUGUAAACUGUUUUCAAACAAACCAUUUAGUGAAGCUGCGUGGCGCUGGCUGGUGGAGAGGGGUGGCCAUCACUGACUAUCUGCAGUGCGAGUGUGGUGCGCGACAGUGACACAUCAUGAAGUACUUGUGGACCUUCGCUCUACUUCACGUGCUGGCAGUUCUGACCGCAGGACUCACCGUGGGCUCUUCCCUUCACUGUGCCGUCCGUCGGGAGAUCUCCCCAUGUACCUGCAAGCACCACGAGGAGCGGCCAGGCAGCAUACAGGUGACCUGCGAGAGGAUGACCAGCUUCAUGCAGGUCGUGACGGCGCUCAAGGAUAGGUUCGAGGAGGAUGUGACCAUCUCGCUGACGAUAUCCUACUCGCAACUGGAGGAUUUGCCUCUACUCAGCUUCCUCAAGCUGGGCCUCAACGUGGAGACGUUGAAACUCAACCAUGACGACCUUAGCGGUCUGCCAGAUACAGUGUUUCUGGGGCUGGGUCGCACCGAGUUCCUCAGUCUGGCUGACAACAGCUUGCCUGUCGUCCCUCAUCACAUUCUGCGGCUGAUGCCCAUCAUCAAGACUCUGGACAUGAGCAGGUGCAAGAUCACAACUCUCAGAGGCCGCGACUUCCAGAAUCUGCCUCUUUUAAGGAUUCUUCUCCUCGCGUCUAACGCUGUAUCUCGCAUGGAUAACAAUACAUUCCCUGAGUCCCUGACAAAACUUCACUUGGCUCGAAACUCUUUGACUACUUUAAAUGGGACUUUAAGAAACCUGGCGGGGCUGGAAUGGCUUUUCAUCAACGAGAAUGAUCUUUCUUCUCUAGAUGGCGAGUUGCCUGAAAUGAUUCCCAACUCCAAACUCGCUCUUCUCGACGUUUCCUACAACAGACUCGAACGACUUCCGCAGGAGCUGCGACAUUUCCAAGCACUUAACGUUCUCUUUGCUCACGACAACCAGAUAACGGCUCUGAAUGGAGCUCUCUCCAAGAACCGGAGAUUGGAGAGGCUUCAUCUUGACAAAAAUAAUUUGACAACGCUCGCUCCAGACGACUUUGCAGAAGUUGAAGCUCUUGAGUUCUUGAAGCUUAGCUACAAUCAGCUGACCUCCCUGAAUUCUUCGUUGCUUCCUCUGCGCUCACUGAGACUACUCAACCUCACUCACAACUACCUAGAGGAGUUCUCACUCCAGGACAUCAGAGGUCUGAGACACCUCACCAUCGUAGACAUCUCUCACAACAAGAUCUCUCGUCUUGGCGGACGAAUGGAGAACCUUGUAGAGCUAGAGACACGUGUGAUAGAGCUGAGACUGGACCACAACAGGCUAGAGGACCUGGGCGGGGCUCUGAUGGGACUCAACAGUCUACAGCGACUCAACCUCAGUCAUAACCGGCUCACUCACAUUUCUCCAGACGAUCUCAUCGGACUAGACAACCUCAAGAUCCUGGACGUGUCUUUCAACCUACUUACAACCCUUGAGGAAACUUCCAAGACUUUUCUACCGUCCCUGGAGGAGCUGAUUGCAACUAACAAUCAGCUGAUUGCGCUUGAGCGAGACUUCCACGGUCUGCCUGUGCUCUGCUGGGCCGACCUAAGCUACAAUCAUAUCCGACUCAUCAGCAAAGAAUUGGUGGAGAAAACUCAAUGUCAGCUGCAUGGCGUCAACAGGACCCUCAACAUCUAUCUGAAUGAAAACCCAGUUUUAUGUGAUGACAACAUGAUGGCAACGAUAAAAGUGAUGGAAGAGAAGAAUACGACCAAAGUGUUCGGCAAGGUGGACUGCGUAGUGGAAGUCAACAACACAGUUCCGAUGGCAAUGCCGAUGAUGCCUCUGGCAGUAUAGGACACGACUGUGGCAGCUUAGAAUACUUUUACUUACUCUCCUGGCUUCACAAGACAAGCGGAAAAUAGAGGGCAUUUACCGAUUUUGAGGUUACCAUCACGUGGUGUGAGCGCUAGCAGACCAAGCUUUAUAAGAACUUAGUAUAAAAACGUUAGACUUUUAUCGUAUUACAUAUUUUAGAGUAGCGAUUUAUCCUGUAUUAAAUAUCUCGUAAAUGCUGUGAGGUAGAAUAUUUGUAAGUGUUUAGAUUGUAUUAAUCUUUUUUUUUAUAAACUUUUUAUCUAGCGUAGGAAACGGUAGUAAAAUUAGUUGUUAAGUGUGAAAAGUCAUUAUAAUCUUAGAUUUGAUAGGAAUGUUGAACAAUUGAAAGCAAUGUAAAUGACAGUGUGAAUAGUUAGUGAAUAAAUAAAUAUAUUUAUUUUUAAUAA